AAACGAAAAUAUUGUUUGUAAUAAAUAGCAUCGUAACUCCUAAUGACCGCAGCAUACAAUAGUACCAACCUGAUCAUAAAGCACAAGUGAUUUUAGUAUUGUCUAGGUAAUGCACCCUCAUUGAAAGAAGAUGGCUGGGUAUAAUUUAAUCCUCGGUAUUGUUUUUUAUCUGGUAACAUACGUGGAAGUAAAUUCCCAAUCAGUGUUAAGAGAUGACUUCGAAAAAAUAUUGCCCAAGAUUUACAAUCUGGAAAAUAUAGAAGAAUGCAACAGCAUCGGAGAUAACUUUUGUGAAAUCAGAUAUUCCUUAAAAUCGAAACAUGAAAACAACACAGUAUGGAAAUAUAUAUCGGAAUUUAAAAACCAUAAGCAUAAAUUUAGAAAAGAUCGCCUGUAUAGAGGAGUGUGUAUUCCCAGGGACAGGGAUGAUCUUCAAGCGUAUCUAAGGGAAAAAAUCAAUAAAGAAGAACUGGAAAAGAUUUCCUUGGAACCUGAAGUCGUGGAUGUACUUUCCUGUGGAAACAAAUACGAGCUAUUACCAAACGAUUACAGACUAAUUGCGGGGUUUAUUGGUUAUGUUGCUUUUAUUAUGUAUGCAACCCUAUAUGACCUUAAGUUACGUACAGAAGAAUCUAAAGGAAACAACUUACUGAGAGCGUUUUCUGUAAUCGAAAACAACCAGAAAAUAAGAAAACCCAUACACAAUGAGUUCUACAACAAACUCAAGGUAGUGCAGGGCAUAAGAACCUACAAUAUGAUGUUGGUUGUGGUUGGACAUUCCAUAAUGAACUUCCUAAUUGCCUAUACAUCGAAUACUCACUUUUUAGAACAUAUGGUUGAGCAUGCUGGUAUAUUUUUCAGUUUGGGCAUGUACUUGGUACAGCCGUUUUUCUUUUUUACCGGAAUGAUUUUGAUGAUGAGCGUGCAUUACGUUGUGGAAAAAGAAAAGAAACUCAGUGUUGCCUCAAUCGUGAAACUCAUUUCAUUAAGGGUCAUGAGGUUAUGGCCAACUUUAAUUUUUAUAAUAGCAAUUCAUAAAAGUCGAUUGCCCAACCACGUUUUUCAAGGAGCCCAUACAUUUUUGUUGCAAACGGAUCAUAGGGCAUGCAAUCAGUAUUGGUGGGCAACAUUACUAUUUUGGACCAAUAAUAUGGAUAAAAGAAAUGUGUGUAAUUUUGCCACAUGGUAUUUAAGCGCUGAUAUGCAAAACUACGUUAUAUCGAUUGUAGCUCUCUAUGUAAUAUAUAAAUGGAAAAUGCCAUUGAUAAGAAGCAUUUUAGCAAUUUUGACCACUUCUUUGUUACUUCAAAUGGGCGUUAUGUACUAUUACAAUGUCGAUGUUAUAUACAGAGUAUUGCCAGAAAACUUUGUAAUCUACAAUGUAUUGGAAGAGUUUUGGCCCAUUUUUAUAUGGUAUACAUCGGCCUUAUCAAAUAAUCCUAGUUUUACCAUUGGCAUUUUAUUUGGGGCCAUAUUUUUGAAAUACGACGAACAUAAAUUUUUCAGUUAUCAGUCUGUAAAAGUUGUCUGGUUCCUUUCUUUCUUUGGGUUACCACUCUUAACCUGCUUGCUAUCCACAUUCACAUACAACAGGCUAAUUAGUGCUGUUCUUGGGGCAUCCCUUAAACCCAUGUACACUUUGGGAAUAGGAAUUGGAAUAUUGGGAAUGUCUCAGGGUAUAGGAGGUUUUAUAAAAAAAAUAUGUGAAUGGAGACCGGCAGAAAUUUUGGCUCAAACAACCUAUAGUGUGUACUUGUGUCACUUGGCUAUAGUGUUUAGGAUAGCAUUUUUAUCCACUACCCUUAUUAACGUAACAGUAUAUAAUAUUGUUGGUUCAGCGCUCGCCAAUGUGAUUAUCUGUUUUACAGUUGGAUUUUCAUUGGCUCACUUAGUUGAACUACCAUGGAGUAAUAUUGAGAAAAUGAUUAUUCAAAGAUAUAACCGCAAAAAAAUUGAAUAGAAUGCGUCUUUCUCUUAUUGUUGUCCUUGAAGUGUAAAGCUGGGUUUACAUACAUUUUGUGAUUUAAUUUUAUAAUUAGUAAAUAAAAAACUUAAAAUAAUAUGAUCUUUUAAUAUAUAAUCCACAUACCUACAAAAUACAAUUUAAAACUAUACCUACAACAAAAACAAUUAUGACGUGCAUUUUUCAAAAGCCUGUAUAUCAGAACAAGAGCUUAUUCUCUCUAUAUUGGCCAUACAUGGGUUAUAGGAGGAUAUUUUUUUUAAUUCUUCAUGAUUAACCGUACCAUCUGGAUUAAUAUACUUUGCUUCUUCUGCCAUGCAUUUUGCAAAACAAAGCAAAUUUUCAGAGGGGUUUUCCAUUUUAUCUUUGAUAGAUUCAAUUUCCUUCAUAUCCACCCCUGAAGCAGUCAAGCACUUUGCCCCUUGUUCGGGGGUUAACGCUGAAAAGGCAUCUUUAAAGUUUUCUUGGGCCUAAAAAAGUACCCAGUCAAAUAUUG